AUGACUCAGAACAACGAGUACGCGACGAUUGGUGCCGACACGCCGACCCCCUUGCGACUCCCACGCGUGCUAGUGCACGCGGAGAGCGGCGCCGCCAUCGAGCGGCUAAGUGUUGGCGGCGAGCCGGGCGUCAAACUGGGCCACUGGCGCCCCUCCCCGUCCGUCGUCGGCGCGGACGCGUGCGCCGCGGCCAUCGCCGACCUCGGCCCGCUCGACCUCCUGACCUACACGGCGUGGCGGUACGACUCCCCGACGUACAUCGACAACCUGUACCAUCUCUGCCGCCUCCUCCAGUCCGGGGAGGGAGGGACGCACGUCGGCGUCGCGGACUUCGACCUGCCGCAUCUCAAGCUUCUAGUGGGCAGCGGAUACCCGAUCGUCGCGAACACAGUGUCCGCGUCACUCCUUGACACGCGGUACGCCGAGAUGGCCGACUACUGCCGCACGAACGAGAUCACGAUCAUCGGGUACGGCGCGACGCUCGGCGGGCUGAUCAGCGAGGAGUGGGUGGGCGCGGCGGAGCCGAGCGGGCUGCACGGCGACCAACAAAAAUGGAAGCGCGUGAUCGACGCCACGGGGGGCUGGGCGGCCUUCCAGCGCGUCCUUGCCGCCGUGUCGUCCGUCGCGAAGAAACACGGCGUGUCCUGCGCCGCUGUCGCGGCGCGGCACGUGCUCGACGCCGGCGUCGCGGCCGUGAUCCUCCCUUCGCCCGUCGCGGGCGUCCUCACUCUCUCGCUGGACGCCGACGACCGCUGUCUCCUCGCGUGUGCGACCGAGAAACUCGCCCGCCUGCCCGGCGGGUGUGGGGACGAGCUGCGCUUCGCGCCGUUCCUCACGGCCUCGGGCGGCCUCCCCGCCCAAGCCCAGACGGCGUGGGAAGCGCCGGCGAAGCGUGCGCAAAUGGACGCGACGCUCGCGCGCGGCGGGCGCAUAGAGUAUCUCUCAGGAUCGCCGUGGGAGCCUGUGGUCGGGUACUGCCGGUCGGUGCGGUAUGCCGACCGCAUCGUCGUGAGCGGGACGACGACGAAGCCGCACCCCAGCGGGCGCGGCGUCGUGGGCGCCGACGCAGAGGACCAGGCCACGUUCGUGUUCGACAUCAUCCGCGGCGCGGUCGCCGCCGUCGGCGGAUCCAUGGCCGACGUCGUGCGCACCCGUAUCCUCUACACUGACGUCGAGCGUGAUUGGCUCGCCGUCGGGCGCGUGCAGGAGCGUGAGAUUAUGGCGCGCCACGGCGUCCUCCCGACCAACACGAUGGUCGGGGGGCUCACGUAUGUCGUGGGCGCCGAGGCGCUGCUUGAGAUCGAGGCGGAGUGUGUUGUGGGUGCCGGGGCGGGCGAGGUGAUGCGGCUUGAUCCGCGCGACUUGGACCUGCCUGACGAGCUGUGGCGCCAAUAA